CUUCAAACAGGCGGUUAAGGAUCGACAAAUAUGGAUCAAACAAUUCGAAGUAGAUUUAUUUCUCAGCAAUUAUUGUAUUUUAUUGCUGGUCGGCGAUGUUGUCAACAAUUUGCUUGCACAUUCCGAACAGCUGAACACUCUGUAUUUAUAUAUUCAGCGCGUACAUUGGGUCUGCGUUCACAAGUUGUUUUAACUAACGGACAGGAAUGUGUGAAGGUGUUUAAGCAAACAUGCAGGCAUUAUUUGGAAGAGCCAAAAUUGUUGGCUUUAAGUCCAUCAACUGUAAUGUACAUGUUCCCAUUAUUAGCACGUGCAAAUGUCAAGGAAAAUAAUCUAGAUUAUGUAGAGAAUCUCUGGACAAUACAACCUCCAUCGCUUCAUAUCUCGCUUGCAGCUUUGGGUCAAUCAACAACAUUGAAAAAACAUUGCAAGAGCUUGCCGAAUGCUCUAAAUAACUCGCGUCUUAAUGAGAUCCUCGAGUCAAUUAAUGGCCAUCGCUUAACUGUGUUUGAUGGUAAUCUUUCCUUGGAUAAAUCUAUAUUAUUUCCGCUAAUUAUUUUGAAGGAUUCCGAAUCCAAAAAGAAAAACAUUCGUAUAAUUUGUAUCGAAGACAAGGAUAUUCUAGCGAUAUAUAAUUGCGAACGUUUUGCCGAAUGUUUGGGAGAAAAUAUUGGAGAAACCGUGGGAAUCCAGGUGCCUCAACACAAUAGCAUUAGCUCCAUAACGCAAGUUGUCUAUACGACCGCUACAUACUUUCUACGCACGUUGUUUAAUAAGAAUGCAACCAAUAAAUUCAAUCAGAUUUCACACUUUGUGGUAAACGAUGUUCACCUACACGCUCCAUAUACUGAUAUUUUGCUAUUUGAAUUAAAGCAAGCAUUACGUUUGGAGCAAAACCUGAGAAUUAUAUUACUAUCGCAAGCGUGUGACCCAACGCGAUUUGUGAAUUUUUUCGGCGAAGGCAAAAAAUUCUGUAUAAAACCAACAAACUUAUUUACGCUGAGCAUUUCUUAUCUGGAAGACAUUCAGAACACCAUAGCCGCCGAAGCUAUUGAUAAAGGUCCUGAGAUCUACAAAAAACAACGACAAAUGUUUAGAAAUAAGAAUAAGAGAAAUGAACAAAUAGAUAAAUGUCUGCAGGCAUACGAGGAGAUUGGCACCGAUGUUGCUCUACGCCCAGUGCUCUAUUUAAUUAAUUAUGAACUGGUGCCGGUGGAUUAUCAACAUUCACUUACUGGAAAGACGGCUAUUUAUAUUGCUGCACAGCUGGGCAAGGUACAUCAUUUGCGACUGUUGUUGUUCAUGGGUGCUAAUCCAAAGAUCGUGAGUGAAAGCCAUGAAAACGCUAUAACUAUUGCUGCUGCAAAAGGAAAUGUCGAGUGCGUUGAUAUCCUUAACAAUUUCUGUCUUCAUGGCUACUUUGCUAAAAACGCUAAACCACAAUUUGUUGAUUACGAUGUUAUAGUGGAUUUAAUAUAUCUCAUUUAUGCUAAGCGCCAUUUCUCGACAGGAAACAUAUUGAUCAUAUUGCCGACUUAUUAUCAUUUGGUUAAGCUCAACUUUAUGCUAUUAAGAAAUUUAUUAACAGGAAAUUUACAAGAGUUUUCCAUAUUUCUGCUACACAAGGACAUGGACAAAGAGUAUUUAUACUCGUUGAUGAAAUCUCCAUUGAAGACACGCAAAAUUGUCUUGGCUACGGAUAUAAUCGAAUUAUUGCCAAUUGCAAUAUCAUUUCAGUAUCUCAUAGAUACAGCAUGCCAGAAGAAAUCUUUAUAUGAUGGAAUCAGCAAUAGCAUCGAGGAAAGAUAUGAGUGGGCUGCAAAAGAUUGUCUUUUGAGAAGACAAUUGAUACUAGAUACAAGCGUUGAUGAAGCUAUUACUGAAAAACAUUGCUUUCGCCUAAUAUCAAGAGAUAUUUACGACGGGCUGAGCGAGUCUAGCCAACCACCGAUGCAGACAAUGCAAUUGGACAAAAUCUGUUUGACUGUUAAAUUAUUGUGCCCAAGUUCAUGUAUUAGGGAAUAUCUCACAAAUACGAUUGCUCCACCUUCGGUUUUAAGUAUACACCAGAAUGUGGCAUUUCUGAAGAAGAUCGAAGUAUUGGAUCAAUCAGAGGCGGUGACCUGGCUUGGCUGUCGCUUGAUCGAUAUACCCGUCUCUUGCCAAAUGGGAAGAACUUUAAUAUUUGGCAUUUUACUACAAUGCUUAGAUCCGAUAUUAACUAUUGUUAGCUCUUUGUCUACAGCAGAUCCAUUGACUCUUCCCUUCAACGACGACAUUGACUCUAUCUGGAAUAAGUUUACGAUUUACAUACAAAAUUGUAUCAAAGGCGAACGUGCUCGCUUAGCAGAAGAUCAAUUGUCAGAUCAUAUAAUAUUUGUACGUCUAUUCCUAGAAUGGCAAGCAGGAUUUAAAAAUAAUACUGUACCUCUUUAUCUAACCGACGAAUAUGACUUCGUGCUCAAUGGACUCAUGGAGCAGCUGAAUUUAAAGCGUAUGAAAAUUGUUAGCGCCUUACGAGCUGCCAAUUUGGUUCAUAGCCAUGGUCAACUGAGUAUACAAAACGUUAACAUAAAAUCGAACAAUUGGCCCCUGGUUAAAGCUGCUCUAACGGGCGGCAUGUAUCCCAAUAUUUGUGCCGUAGAUCAAAAGCAAAAAUCACUGCAUUCGGGUCAGUCGACAAAUGUUUAUUUGCUUUCGAAUUCGGUUUUGCGUAACUUUUUGGAACCAUUUCAAACAACGGCUCAAUGGAUCGUCUGCACGAAAGAGAAAAAUAUAAUCAGAUAUGCAACUGCUGUGACUCCACUGGCUGUGGCUAUGUUUGCAGGAUCAGAGAAAGUGGGGUUCGGGCACAGCCCAGAGAUCUCGUCGCCAUCAGCUAAAGACAACAUAAGUUUUUUCAUAGACGAAUGGAUUUGGUUGAGUGUAUCGAAAUACGAUUUUGAUCUCGUGGUAAAAACACGUCAAGAGUUUUUUAAAGCCUAUCAAUAUUUCCUAAAACAUUGCUCCGCGUUGGACAAGUGGCGAAACGAUUCUAAAAAUCCGUUGCCACAUUUACUCUUUGAAACGCUGACUAAAAUCUUAGAAAACGAAGACGCAGCAGCUGGAUUUAAGAAAUGCUCCAACAUUGGUUUUCGACCCGCUCUCAAAUUACCAAAUCUGUAUUUACUAAGUGUCAAUUCACACUUCACUUGGCAGCAAAUGGAUGAAGCGAAUAUGCAUCGUAUGGAGAAGCAUUUCUUUUUGCUAUAUACACAAGAUAAUCCAAACAGCUUUUAUAGAAAAAGCGAUGCAGCCUACAUGGAAAGUAUUCUUGGCAAGUUUGUAAGGCCAAUUGACUCAGCUACUAGGCAUAUUUAUUUAAUUUUAUAUUCAAAAAAACCUGAUGUGGCAUUAAGCAUUUGUCGAGCUCAAAUACAAAAUGAUGAAUUUGUGUUAAAGGAAUAUUUUAGAAAUACAAUCGCAUUAGGAGAAAUUUUGCAAGCCUGUGCAUCUUUAAAUGUGCCCGCUCCCAAUUUCGAUGGCCGGCAUGUAUUGAGGCUUGUGGAUAAAAGAGUUGGAAAUUUAAUUAUGGAUUUAUUUGCAUUUCGACACCAUUGGAUACACACACAUAACAAUUAAUAUUAAUUAUACAAUCAGUAUUAGUAUUGAUGGCGUUCAGCUAGUAGAAUGUGUUCCAAUAUUGAUCUAAGAGUAUCAACUAGGAAAGCACUUCGGAUAAAUUAUGUUACUUAAGCAUAGUUACGGAUAGUACAACUACAAUAACUAUGUAUUACUAUUAUCAUAAAAGUGAAAUUGAAUUUAUUACAUACGUAAUCUCAUAUAGAAACUUAAUUGUGUAUA